GAAAGGGCUAGAUCUCUAGAUCUCUAUGCAUUAACCUAGUCUGCUAGUCAGACUAGGAAUCACCGGAAUCUAGAUUUUUAGUUCCUAAUAUCAACUUAACUCAAGUUUUAGCUUUUAAAUUUAUUUGGUCAUCUAGAUAUCUAUAAAUCUAAUCAAGAUUCAAUACGAAGCAUGUGUUCUAGAUCUAGACUUACAGACACUGUGCAGAAGCGUUCCGUUCCAGUGAGUUGCAGCUCGUAGUGGAUGAGCUACUCUCACCACUCGUGACUCAGGAAAGCUGUUAUAAAGACCAGAUACAAGUUGACAAUGGCAGCAACACUAAUAACAUGUCAUCCAGUUUGCCAGUCUCUUUUGCUACGGCUGAUCAAAUCUCAUAGUAAAAUUCUCUCAUCAUGCCUAAGUGAGAGACCAAAGUAUUCGGGCUUUUCAAGGGAAGUAGCUGACAAAAGACACAAUGUUUUGAUAACUACAAGUCGGAACCUCUCCUAUAACAAAUUUCAAAAUCUGCAGAACUCUCAAGAGGUUUUGAGAGACUCUACUUCUCAGCUGAAACCCACCAGUCCAAUGUCUUACAGUGUAAAACAUAAAAUAUUAAAACAUAAACAUCCAGCUGCAAGUAUUCCUGGGAUUAAUCAUCUUGUGAGUGAUGAUACUACAUCCCCAACCCCAGACUCAACGCUUUCUUGUGCAUUUAUCCAUAAAAAGUCAUCGACAGAUUAUUUCCAAAGGACACAUCAUAACUUUUCUACUACUCGGCUUAUUGUGGAAUCUUCUCCUUUGAGCUUUCAACCUUAUCUUCGGUUGAUUCGAUUCGACAAGCCAAUAGGAACUUGGCUUUUGUAUUGGCCUUGUACCUGGAGCAUAGCAUUGGCUGCUCAGCCUGGAUGCAUGCCAGAUCUGAAAUUGCUGGCGUUGUUUGGAGCCGGUGCAUUUUUCAUGAGAGGAGCAGGCUGUAUUAUCAAUGAUAUGUGGGAUAAAGACUUUGAUGCAAAGGUUGCAAGAACAAAAACACGGCCAUUGGCUUCAGGGGAGAUAACAUAUUUUCAGGCCCUUUUAUUCCUUAGUACACAACUCACUUGUGCUUUGGUGAUUCUUUUGCAGCUUAAUUAUUACAGUAUUGUAUUAGGAGUAGCAUCUAUGGGUCUUGUUGUCAUUUAUCCAUUGUGUAAACGGUUUACCUACUGGCCACAGAUAAUUUUGGGCUUUGCAUUCAACUAUGGCACUCUGUUAGGGUGGGCUGCAGUCAAGUCCUCAGUAGAUUGGUCUGUCUGUCUACCUCUGUAUUUCUCAUGUAUCAUGUGGACUUUAGUUUAUGAUACAAUCUAUGCACACCAGGAUAAAUAUGAUGACAUGCUGAUUGGUGUCAAAUCAACGGCCAUCAGACUGGGUGAUCAGACCAAGCCAUGGAUGUCAGCAUUCACUGCUGUGAUGGCUGGGGGGUUGAUAGGGUCAGGCAUGCUGUGUGACAUGUUGUGGCCUUACUAUGUGGCUGUGGGGAUUACUGCUGGCAGGUUAGCCCAACAGAUUUAUUGUGUUGAUCUCGACAAUGCAGAUGAUUGUGCUUCAGCUUUUCGAGGAAAUUUUUAUCUAGGUGGAGUUAUGUUCCUUGGUAUUGUUUUUGCUAACUUACUAAAAGCUAAAGAAAAAGAGAAGGUCGCCACAUCUGACGAUAGCUGAUUUUAGUUUAAUUUUUAAUUUAAUAGGUGAACUGCUGGAACUUAAAAUUUAUUGUACAUUUUGAUGUAAAAUGUUUUCUGUUAAAACUGUGAUUAUGUGAUUAUUAUUUUUAAUAAAUAGUCUGUAACCGUUUCAAAGUUUCUGUCUAUAGUGUACAUUUUAU